AUGUCGAUUUUGUCGGGCCCAGUCUCACCGUUUGCACUUUUUGUGCUCUCAGACAAGAUCGGUGCCGAUUAUAUCAAUCGAUUUGUUCAACGCACCGCAAACAGCAAUGACGGUGAUUUCUUCUUGACUGUCGUUCAUAUCCAGGAUGACUUCAACCCAUACAUCUGCGCCCCAAACAUUCGCACCAUUGACAAAGGUGACGACGAGCGAAAUCUUGACGAGCAGGGCACACGCCCUCCUAUUACCAAUUGCUUCACGUUGCCUUUUGUCGGAAAAUCUCUCAAAGACUGCGCCGAGUACUUGCGGAAAAGUCCCGAUGGCAAAGCCUGGUCGAAUGAAUACUUUUGUGCUCUGAGUGAAGAGGAUGUUGGCGGGGACACGGUGAUGCUGGAAAUUGUACACGGCUUUUGGGGAUAA